AUGCUUGCAUCCUCCCCUCUCGCAUUCUCCCCUCCUGCGAGCCCCCUCAGACCGACUGUCGGCGCGUCCAAGAGCAAUGCACGAGCUGCUCCUAUCCCCGAGGGAGCUGUCAGAGGAUUCGCCACCGUGGGCAGCCUCAUACGCUCCGAGCACUUCACAAGCCGCCUCGACGACGACUUCGAUGCAAUACAACAAGCGCAACCACGGCGGACUUCACAGGAUACUAUAGAGCCUCCUUUGGCUGCGGAGAAACCCAAGAAGCGGACUACGAAGAAGGCUACAGCUACUACUACCGCUGCAGACGGCUCCGAGAAGCCCAAACCGAAGCCUCGAGCGCGCAAAGCGAAACCCAAGUCAGACAAAGAGAUCCUUGACUCUGACGACGAACUCCGACGCCCGCCGCAACGACCUACAAAGUCUCCUUUUUUCGAUGAUGAUGCGACAGAACCUCCGGGCGACCCUGCGGCACCAGCUGCGGAUGCGCCGAAGCUGACCAAGUCUGGCAAGCCCCGUAAGCCUCGCGCGAAGAAGGUCAAGACUGCGGAAGAUGGGACAGAACCUGCGCCAAAGCCAAAGAAGCCGAGGGUCACAAAGGCGAAAGGAGGGGCGGGGAAGGGCAAGCAGGGAGAUGCGUCGCUGGUGUCUGCGCAUUUCAGUGGAGCAGACGGAGGCCAGGAGUCGGUAACACGGCCUUCUGUAGAGGAUCACGACGCUCAAGCGAAGCCCCAAUCGAUCUGGGAAGUGCCAGACAGCCCAAAGCCGAAAAAGAAGGCUGCACCCAAGCAGCGACAGCCAGAUCCCAUAGCAGAGGGAUUGGAGUUGGAGGAGGCUGUUGUAAGGAGGAGAGAUUGGACGCCACCACCCGACACCACAAUUGCAUCGCCAUUCACCGACUCGACCGGAAAGGAGAACAAGACCUUAUCGCAGAACGCUGAUGGCUCCUUCACGAACCUCCUCUCCAACUUCGCCUACGCACAAUCGCCAUCUGCGCAGAUCGCUGCGAAACCGAACAACCCAGCAGGGGCCGUGGCGGCGACAAAGCGGCGGAGAAUCGAGCUUGUCGAGAUACCCAGCAAUAACACCAACUCCAGAGACUCGUCUCCCGAGAAAGGCAAAGCACCGAAGAAGAAACCGCGUACCAUCACCGACCUCGUUACAGAGCAGUAUGCCUUGAAGGAUGCACAACCAGUUCCAGACGAUGCGGCCAGCAACUUCUUCGAGUCCCGAGCUUCGACAACUACAACAAAGGUGCCGCUGAACGAUGCAUCGGCGGCGGACGGCGAUGCAGCGCCGAAGAAGCCAUCAGGCACAGAGAAAGCAGAUCCCAAGCCGAGGUCGAAGAAGGCAUCUUCGAAGGCAGCCGCCAAGCCCAAGCCUGUCGCGGAGAAGCUUCUCAGCCCUUCGUCGGCAAUGUCGCGUCUGCAGCAGCAGGACGUCUUGUUCGGAACAUCAAGUCAGCUUGUGCUUGAAGAGUCGCCGACAAUGGUGCGUCAACUACAGUAUGCGCUGAAGGAGUCUGAGCAGGACGCCGACAAUGUUCCGUAUGGCGCGCCGCCGCGAUGGUCACGGCUCGGCAGGGUGGAAGGCAAGCGCGGGCUUUGGGCUGCGAGUUCCCGCGACGACGACGGCGGUAUGCUGGAGCACUUGAAGGACGUUUAUAUACCCGAGCCCGACCGAAUGCAAGACAUACCAUUGCUUAUGGACGGCACUAUCGAUGCGCCUGAUGAGCAAGGCGAUGAUCAAUCUGACUUCAUAGAUAUUGACGAUAUACCACCGGACCCGCCGCCACCAAUUGCUAUAUCUUCUGAUCCGCCAAUGCCUCCUCCCAGCACUUCACGUGCCACCCCAAUGACGAAGUUUCGCAACGAUGAUGAUCACGUGAAAGAUACGGGCUUUAGGGACAUUGACGACUGCAUGCAAGAGCCUCCACCUUCCGGUCAGAAACCUGUCUCACCAGACAGCUUCAUUGACAUCGACGACUUCGACUUUCCGCCCUCUGCGCAGAUGCGGAAAUCGCCAGUCUCGAUCUUCAAACCUCCAGCCUCAGCACCAACGCCCAUGGACGGCUCCCCCAAGAAGCGCGGAAGGCCGACGAAAUCGCAUUCUGCAAUACCCACAUCAGUUUCCACGUCAUCGACGCCAAUCUUGAAGCCCCGCGCGAAGUCAAAGACCAGAACUAAGAUGCUAUCAACCCCUCCCACAGGCUCAGGUCGCUUCAUCGACAUAGACGAGAUCCUCGACUCCGAAGACGAAGUCCUACAGCUCCUCUCGCCCACGCCGCCCCGAACAACUAAACAUGUCAACUCGCAACCUCUCUCUCUAAUCACACUAUCUCCCACAACCUCACCCAGCAAAACGGCGAAAGCGAAAGCCUCAGCGGCCGACCCAAGUCUAGUACCCAUCCACCGCAUACCAACCCCGCUUCUCGAAUGGCCGAACAUCAAAGCCCAGGUCUUUGCUCAAAUAACAAGUCACAUCCGGUCUUUGCCUCCAACCACCAACCCCAACAAGCCUACCUGGCACGAAAAGAUCCUCAUGUACGACCCCGUCGUCAUCGAAGACUUUACCGCGUAUCUCAACACUCACACACCCAUCCGCGUGUACAAGAAAGCUACACAGAAGCAAAUCAAAGCGUGGAAUGCGGAUCUGAAGAAGCAAGACAAGGAGGCGGUGCAUCUGGGCGUGGGGCCAAGCAGGGAAGGGGAUGGAUCGGAGGUGUUUGCUGUGGAGAAGGAACUGGAGAGCACGAUGGUGCAGGGGUGGUGUGAGAGUUUGAGUGUUUGUUGCAUUUGGGGGGAGAAUAGGACGAAGAAGGGGACGGCUAGGAAGGGGUUCUAUUGA